UUUCUUGAUCUCUCCGCCGAAACAAACAAUCAACAUCCUUUUUUCUGGCUAUAAAUGUUGCAACAAGAACUCAUCACCCGUCACGAAUACAUCGCCACCGUCACUACUCACUCAAUACUUUCGUCACGAAAUGGGAUUGAAGGAGGACUUUGAAGAGCAUGCUGAGAAAGUCAAGAGUCUGACUAAAAAGCCCUCUGAUGCUGACUUGCUCAUACUCUAUGGCUUGUUCAAGCAAGCCACAGUUGGACCGGUGAACACCGACCGUCCGGGCAUGUUCAGCAUGAAAGAAAGGGCUAAAUGGGAUGCGUGGAAGGCCGUUGAAGCGAAAUCGAAGGAGGAAGCGAUGAACGACUACAUCACCAAGGCGAAACAAUUGCUUGAAGCCGACGCUGCGGCUGCUUGAGUUGAUGCAAGACUUGACUUUAAAGCUAAUAUGCAUUAAUCAUUAUGAAUGUUUUAUGUUUAAGUUGUUGGUGACUUCUAUAUAAUGUGACUCCUAAAGUGUACUAGGUCCAGUUAUGGAAUGGUAUAUGAAAUUGGAAAUGAAACUGUUGGAAUUUAGCCAUGC